AGCAUGGCCCUUGUCACAGUGCGUGGAGUCGGGCUGGCGUGAGUGUCACAUCCUGUACACAUCCUGAACACAUCCUCUUCUGACCCAUCGGGCCACUAGAACACAGCGCACCACCCCUGACUCAGCUCUCUACACACUAGCGCAACAGCAGGCGGCAAAGAUGAGGAUCAGCUGUUCCCAUGCCACAAAAUGGCUGGCGAAGGGUCCUGCCACCACCGCUGUCUUCCUGAUUUGUGAAAACCAACAGCUGGUGACCACGACGGCCCGAUAGAGGCUUGCUUGCAGAAUGGAAUGAGUUCUCCCUAACUGAACACUGAUUAGAAGAAGAAGAAAAAAACAAACAACACCAUCGGAUUCAAAGCUUGGAAGCACUGGACGACACUUUUUUUUUGGGAUUUGAGAAGGCACCCUGCUUGACCGUGACAUCACUGUGCUGGGAGCUGGAGCGUCUGUGCACUCCCAUACAGCCUGCCACUUGGGGGCCUGAUCAAAGGGCCUGUCAGCUGCUUUCCAUUUGUGAGAAAUGACAUGACUUCUUGAACCGGCAUUCUCAACUCUUCUCUCUGAGGGCCACAUGGAUCUGCUGCCGUCUGUUUUCACUUUAUAAAGCAAACAACCGGAGGCAGGAGUCUUGGAGAGCAGACUGAUGAUUCUCGCCCUGAAGCACAAGAUCUUCAUCGUCUGCACGUGCAGCGUGGUACUCAGCCUCUUCCUCCUGGACCAGAGCUUUGGGGGCAAGGCCGUGAAGCAGCAGGAGCAGCAGAAUGUCACCGUCCUGCUCUGGCACUGGCCCUUCCACCGGGCCUACAGCCUGGAGGGCGACGUGUGUCGGGAGUGGUACGGGAUCCCCAGCUGCAUCCUGACCGACAGCCACGCCGCCUUCCCCCACGCCGACGUGGUGGUCUUCCACCACCACGAGCUGAAGUACAAGCGGGCGAGCCUGCCCCUCCACCUGCCCCGCCCGCCUACCCAGAAGUGGCUCUGGCUCUCCCUGGAGUCCCCUGCCAUCAACAUGCCCCUGGCGGCCUACGACGGCCUCUUCAACUGGACCAUGUCGUACCGCCGGGACGCCGAUGUCUUCGUCCCCUACGGGGAGCUGGUGCCGAGAGCCCCGUCUCCGGUCCCGGCCGGCGACGAGCGCCACGACGACUACGCCGUCCCCGGCAACAAGACCCACCUGGCGUGCUGGGUGGUGAGCCGCUACAGGUCCGGCCACGAGCGGAGCAAGGUGUACCAGCGUCUGAAGCAGGUGGUGAAGGUGCAGGUGUACGGGCGCUGGGUGCGGAGACCCCUCAGUGUCGCCGACCUGCUCCCCACCAUCUCCCGCUGUUACUUCUACCUGGCGUUCGAGAACUCACAGUCCCUGGACUACAUCACGGAGAAGCUCUGGCGGAACUCCUUCCAGGCGGGCACCGUGCCCGUGGUCCUGGGCCCGCCCCGGGGGAACUACGAGGCCCUGGUGCCUGCCGACUCCUUCAUCCACGUGGACGACUUCCACAGCGUGGAGGAAAUGGGCAGGUUUCUGCAGCAGCUCGCUGGGGACCCGCGGCGUUACGCCUCCUACUUCGCGUGGCACAGGCUCCAUGACGUCAAGCUGUAUACCGACUGGAGGGAGAGGCUGUGCCAGAUCUGCCGACACUACCGGAGCCUGGAUCCCGGCAAGGUGUACCACGACCUGGAGGGCUGGGCGAACGGGUACGCCAUUACCUUCCACGCCUCGCUUCACUGCAUGUCCAACGAGAAACUGAUUACAACAAUUUCCCGUACUUCUAUUAUAUUUUUGCUGUGAAACGGCAGUGCGGCAACUUCAGCAAUCACUAAAAUGAACUUGCCAAACGUUUUAAAGGUAAAAUGUUAAUUGAAUACAGGCCAAAAUUCAAUUCAAACAAUCUUAUCUGUCAUAGAAUUCCAUCCACAAUAUAUAUAUAUUUUUUUUUUCUCAUCAACCUGUUAAUUUUCCUCUAGAACUGGAUUUGAGACCUGAGAGAACCUACCCUCUGGACUAUGUGGAAGGGUGGUCGUUUGGUUCCACUCUUCACAGGUCGAAGCUGCUCUUCCAGAGACCUGCUGGACCCCGAGUUUCCCGGUCUGCAUCUUCAUUCUCACAGAGCCAACGUCACAGGGAAAUGAUUACUGAUUGUGAAGUCAUUUGUGAGGUUUGAGAGCUAACUGGUCUCAGGAAGGGGAGAAAAUACUUCUUUGUGAAUAUGGUCAGAAUGUUUUAUAAAAACUGUGAUUUUACAAUCAAAUACCUCAAAUACAAGCCCAAUUCUAAAACAGUUGGGACGCUUUGUAAAAUGUAAAUAA